AUGGUAGAAUCUUUCAACAUCACAAAUGGCCAUGCAAUGUUUGGCAAUACCAUUGGUGCCAAUGCUAAUUUCGGUUAUAAUAUUCAAAAUGGAUCACCUGAAAAAUCAUCCAAACUGGAACUGAAUAGUAAAAAAACGAAGCUCGAGUUCGAAAAACUUCUUGUGAAAAUCGAAACCAAAAUAACCAAGAAUGAUUUGGCUAUUUUAAAGGAAGUAUUGGAUGAUCAGGAGACUCUAACACAUUUGCGCAAUUCAUCAUCUAUCACUGCCGAAGAUAUCAGCAAAAGGCAAGAACAAUUAAUCCAGAAGAAAGCCAAAUUACAUAAUAUUAUCAGCAACGAAGAAUUAGAGGAGCUUUGCAAACUUAAAGAAGAAAUAACUGAAUUUGGGAAUGAAAAUGAAUGA